AUGGAUGACCCGGCGCUGGCAUCGCUGUCGCUGACCCAUGUUCGAUAUAACCCCAAUGAUCCCAUAUCAUAUGCUUCGGCAUGGCUGGCGCUGGUGCCUCAAGGCCUCUGCGUUGUUUACGUGUCUCUGAUAUGGGCGUCUCGAGAGGUGGAAAUCUUCUUGAUGUUUGCUGGACAAAUGGCUUGUGAGGCUCUCAAUUUUGGAUUGAAGCGGCUUAUUCGCGAAGAGCGUCCUCACCAGAUGCACGGCAAAGGCUAUGGGAUGCCCUCGUCACACUCUCAGUUUGUGACCUUCUUCUCUCUGUCUCUAUCAUUGUGGUUGCUCUUCCGCCAUGUGCCCACAUCGAGCACCAGUUACUCACCGUCAACUUUCUCCGAGAGGCUACUGUUGUCCCUGCUGGCAUGUGUCGGUGCCAGCGCUGUAGCUGCAAGCCGUGUCUAUCUCAACUAUCAUACUCCAAAGCAAGUCCUGGUGGGAGUAGCUGCUGGCGCCAUAUUCGCGGUUGUUUGGUUUAUGUUUACGACUUACCUGCGAAGAUCCGGUUGGAUCGACUGGGCGUUGGAGACAUGGAUAUCUCGGAGGUUUCGAUUUCGGGAUCUAAUCACCACCGAGGACAUUCAAGACGCCGGCUGGGGUCGAUGGGAGACGCGUCGAAAAGCGAAGCGAACGACAGGGGCAAAUGAACCGGGCAAAAAGAGCAGAUGA